AACUGCUGGUUAUGAGGAUUGAACAUGGAUAGCGGUAACGAGACCCUUUUCUCGGAGGACUCAUCGCCCGACUCGGCGCCACCGCCGUCGCCCAGCAGUGGUCGAGGGAGCCAACAGCCCACGCCUGCUCCUACCCCGCCGCACAUCACUUCUUCCUUGUCCAAGGGAAGUAGUGUUAUACGUCCAGUGGCCUUCAAACCAGGUUCAAUGAGAUUCACCGACAACGGAGAAAGAUAUGGCUCCACGCCUAUUCUGGCUAGAUCCUCGCACAGACCUCUAUAUGGCAGUACCAACGAACUGCAUCAGUUAAAAAAACCAAAUAUGAUAGCUUCCGGGACGUUGGACCGAAAACUACGAUCAGCAUCACCAAUGGUGAUGUCAUCAUUGCCCGCUCAGACCAGCUGCAAAUUUCGGUUGGGCCAGCAAGACGAUUUUAAAUCAUCCUCUUCGUACAGUUCCUAUAGAGAUUACCGACCCAGUUCCAAGUCCUUCGCGAGGCUCAAUAAACGAUGUUCCGCGUCUGAAGGGUCAGCUAGCCUGUUAGACUUGACACCUUCCCCGUCCGAAUCGACAAUGCUGUCCGAAAUGGAAACAGUAUUGAAAGACAGGGACCGUGAACUGAGACACCUCCGACAAACAAUGGAACACAACGAACAAGUGAUAUUUAGAGUGUACCAAGAAAAAGAAAAUGCGUGGGAAAGAGAACUACGAAGGAUCAAAGCAAUGGGCGAUAGUCGGCUUAAGACGGCUGCGCAAAAAUCACUGAAGCUGGAACAGAUGCUCAUGAUGCAGACGUACAAGUUGCAGGACGAUAAAAAAAGACUGCAAGAAGAAAAUGAUCGUUUGGCGACAGAAACGACAGGCCUAAAGAAAGAAAUUGAUGAUUUAAAGGUAAGACUCGAGGAAACCGAAUGGGGUCUCUGCCAGAAAUCCGGAGAACUGUCACACGUCAAGUCACAACUGAAAGAUACUCAAAGCGAACUUACCGUGAAAUGCCACGAAGUGAUCGCGUUAAAAUCUGAAGUCCGAGACCUGUUACAGAAGCUCGAAUCGAAAGAACGGCGUAUUCAAGAACUCGAGGGUAAACGUCCAGAACGAUGCGUUGACGGCGUGGCCGAUGACAACACUUGCGACAAAUUAGCAGAGGACAAAUUUUAUUCGAUUGUCGGACGACUCAACGAACAGGUGGAGAACGAGUUGAACAAGUCGAACAAGUUUUCCGAGUGUAGCAUCGAAGAUCUGUCACUGUUCCCGAAGAAAGAAACCGAGGCGGACUCGAGACUGGAACAGCUCAGAGAACUCGAACGACACACUGCCAAGCUGAUUCGGCUGUUGAACGAGGAACGGAAGAACUGGGACCAGGAGAGGCUGAAAUGGUUCCAGGAAAAGGAGAAAGUGUUGUGUUACCAAAGGCAGUUGCAGAUGAACUACGUGCAGAUGUUCAGGAGGACGCAGGCGUUCGAGGCGCAGAUCGAGAACCUAACCGUCCAGAUGAACGUGUGCUCGGACCAUUGUACCAACGGCAAAAACGCCACCAGGAAGACGGCCGCCACCGUGAAGGCCGUGAAUGCCAUCAAACUAUAAGACAAAAGCCGCACGCGUCGCCCGUUGAAUGUGUUUGGAGUUUUUACCAUUUUUUUUAAUUAUUUCUUAUUAUAUUAUAUUAUUAUAUUUUAUUUUCGGUAUGCCUUUCAUCUACAACUUUUGUAACGUUUAACAUUACAAAUACUUAUUAUUCAAUCAUGCAUCGAUCGGUUUGUGUUGAAGUGAGUGCAAAUUUUAAUAUAGGAUUUUUUUUUUUUUUUGUGAAUUCACAUAUACCUAAAUAAUUAAAUAUAUUUUAUUGUUA